AUGGCCGACGACGACGGGAAUAAGGCCGCGUCAUUCCAUCCGAGCGCCGCAGCUGAACGCACUAGCUCGCGACGCAAAUCUGCUUCGAAUCCCGAUUCGUAUAAAUCGUCUGGCUUAUCACGACGGGAAUCGUCCGCUCGAGCCGAUCAGCAAUUUUCGGAUGCUUCAUCGGUCGAAUACACCUCCAAAACGUCUGCGCCAUCAAGUGAACGUUCGGGCUCGAUCGACUCCGACACUCGGAGAUCUCGAACUCAACCUUCACUGCUGCCGCCCGAGCCUGUCUCGCGACGAUCCACAUCUCCUGCCGGCAGAAUAAAGAGCAUCUUCCGUUCGAAGAAGAGCAACUCUUCUAGUCUAGAGAGAAGCACGAGCCCCGAACGAACCCAUUCCGCACCACCCCCUGAGGAGGAAUCCCAGUCAAAGCCGGACCCUACACGAGUGCAUCACGAGCUGGGUUCCUCGAUAACGCAGGAGCCUGCUAAACCACUGCGAGUACACCCGAAACUCGAUAUCAACGCUCGUCCUCAAACGCCGCCAACCUCCGACACUUACGGCCCUACCAUUGUCAACACCCCCCCAACUCCAACGGAACCCUCUCACUUCCCUUCUAGAUUCUCUGGAAAACACGCUCACUCAGGCACCGGCACCGGUAGCCCGCCCCCGCGUUCAACAAGCAGCUCCUCGCCUAAUGGAAUGAGCUCCCACCGCCGACUUCGAUCAGGAAGCGCUGGACCGAGCAAGCUUUCAAACACUACAAUUGCACCUCUUACGCCCACUCCCGAGAAUUCCGCCGUUCCCGGUGGACCGGCAACGCCGUCCUCUGGCUUCUUCUCUUCCGUAAUAUCCGCCGCUCAAACCGCCGCCAACACUUUGAGUACCAGCAUCCAGAAUACCACUAUCGGACCCGGAACUGGCGGCAAAAGUCCAAAAAACGGCUUGCCGACACAGGACCAGCAGCAGGAUUACGAACAGCAGGGUCAAGAGGACGGCGGCGUCGAGGUCAAGGCUCUCGCUCGUGAAGUGCCCGAGGCCCAAACGGAAGAAAAGAAGGAACCAGCAGUCAAAACUCUUGGCACCGGCGACUUGAGCCUGAGCCAGCUCGGGCUAUCUGACCCGUCGCAAGACGCGACACCGACAGCAGCAACUCCCGGCCCCCAAGUGGAGAAAAUAAUGACCGAGGCGGCUCGCGCCCGCUCGGAAUCCACUCCCGUGGAGCCCAGCCCGUCCUUCUCUCAGUUUCACCAUGACACGUCGUCAACGGAGGAUCACAGCCACACCCGGGCCCAGUCCCUGUAUGACCAGCCUGGGGUACCAGAUGGUAGUGAGAGGACCCCUUCAAUGUACGACUUCCCUGACGAUAAGUCGGGAGCGGCAACCGGCGCCCAGCGGAGCAGCAGUGUUAGGAGCGCCAUCGGCCGCCGGCGCAAGCGUGGAAGCUCGACAGCGACAGGUUACACCGCCAACACGGACCGGACCGGAACGACUAUAGGUGCAGCAAUCGUUGCAGCGAAUGCCUCUUUUGCUCACCCCCGUGCUAACUCGAGCGCCCCCAAGCUUACCGGGUUCGCCAUAGCUAGCAAGAAACGCAAUCGUGACUUUCACAACUUGUUCAAGAGCGUACCCGAUGACGACUACCUCAUUGAAGAUUACAGCUGCGCCCUGCAAAGGGAAAUCUUGGCCCACGGCCGCUUGUACGUGUCCGAGGGCCACCUUUGUUUUAGUAGCAACAUCCUCGGUUGGGUUACCACUUUGGUUUUGAGCUUUGACGAGAUAGUUUCGGUGGAGAAGAGGAGCACCGCUCUCUUGUUCAAGAAUGGUCUUAUGAUUUCUACUCUGCACAACAAACACGUUUUUGCUAGCUUUACCAACCGAGAUUCUACCUAUGAUCUCAUCAUUAAGAUUUGGCAGCUUGGACAUCCCAAGCUGCAGAGCACCCUGAACGGCAUUCGCUUGGAAGGACCGGGUGGAGACAAGACCGAGAGGAUAACCGAUGAUGAGCCAGGAGCGGCUGCCGACCAGGAUGAUCAGAGCCUCUCUGGAAGCGAGGAUGAGAGCGAUGAGGAUAUUUACGAUGAGGAUGACGAGAGUGCCGAGGUCGCCGAUACUACACAGUUUACAGAUGUUGGGACCGCCGACGCAGGUGACGGAGAGAAGGCGGUUACCACUAGGAAGACCUCUGGGGCUGUUGUGACGAACGGCAGCCCGACGGAUUCUCCAAGCAAGGAGGUCACCACGAAUGGUACGGCGUUGGCAGAAUUCCCAGGCCCCGCAACUCAUGCCCCGACGGACUGUGGUGAUGCAGCAACUCACUACGACAAGGUUGUUGGAGAUGAGGUCAUUCCAGCGCCUCUCGGCCAAGUAUUCAGCAUGCUGUUUGGUGCACAGUCGGUCACCUGGAUCUCCAAGUUCAUCACCGAAAACCAAAAAUGCACGGAGCUGCAGAUGGAGGACAAGCGAGGAUUAAGCAGCGACCACACUGAACGGUCGUAUUCUUUCAUUAAACCGCUUGCGGGGGGCAUAGGUCCAAAGCAGACUAGGUGCCUUAUCACCGAGAGCAUUGACGCCCUGGAUUGGGAGAAGGCUGUGAACCUCAGCGUCUCGACUAAUAAUCCAGACGUGCCGAGCGGCAACGUCUUCACUGUCAAAACGAAAUAUUGUCUCUCCUGGGCCGAGAGGAACCAAACUCGAGUGCAGGUUAAUUGUACUAUAGAGUGGACUGGGAAGAGUUGGAUCAAAGGUCCAAUCGAGAAUGGUGCGAGAGAUGGGCAGACGGCGUAUUGCCGGGAUCUCUUUGCAGCCUUGAAAGCCUCUUUGGAGACACGUCCCGGGGCCGCUGCCGCCCCUGCACCGAAGAAGAAGAGGGGUAAGAAGAUGAAGGCUCAGCAAACCAUCAGCCCCGUCGACGUCCAAGCCCCAAAGCCCUCGGCAAAGCGCAGCUGGGGCAUCCUGGAACCGGUACGAGGCAUCUUAGAACCACUCCUCGACAUCGUCAAACCCAUUCUCACAGGCAACAUCGUCUACGGUCUGCUGGUCGGUCUCUUGGUCGCCGCGUGGUUUGGAUUCGGGUUCAAGUUUAACGGGUAUAAUUCCCCCGGCCGUGACGUCGCUUUCGACGACAGGCUCUUGGGACCCUACGGGCACCCCGACCGGGUCGCCGCGUACGAGGAGAUGUGGAGGCGCGAGGAGAGCGAGCUAUGGGAUUGGCUGGAAGAGAGGGUUGGUCUCGACAGGCUCGGGGCGGAUAACGACAGCCCCGCGAGGAAACGGGCGGUGGAGCCGCGGACGGUCGAGGAGAAGAUGAGGGAGGAGAAGAUGGAUGCGCGGGAGGUUGAGGAGGCGAUUCGCGUUACGGAGGAGAAGCUCAAGGUUUUGAAGGAUAUGAUGGCGAGGAAGGCUGGUGUGUAG